CCCUCUUCAGCCCACCUCCCUUUGACUGCCCAGGUCCCUGGUACCUCCUCAAGGACCCUAGAAAUUUUGGGUGUUUGCAAGACCUCAAAAAGGUUAAGCACUUAAGCUUCAGUCCUCUCCCUGAAACAGCUUUCUUCAUAGACAAGGAAAAAGUAACAAAGUCAACUUCAGAAAGAUGGGCCCCAGGACCUCCUCGCCCCAAAAUAAGAUUUUAAGAAUAACUUCCAAGUACAUGCACCCCAAACACCAGACAAUCAGAGUUCUUCUGAGGGGUACUGAGAUUAGCUCUCUGCCUGUUAGUCUGAGAAGAAUGUGUACUCAACAUCCUAGCUCUGCUGUUUACUAACUGGGUUAACCCAGGAAAAUUAAUCUUUCUCAGCCUCAGUUUCCCCAUCCUUAAAAAGUGGUCAAUCUUUCUAUCCCCAUAUUGGUGUAUGACAGUGCUUAAGAGUGGAUGCACGUGUGUGAACAUCCUUCUUCCAUGAGGAUGCUCCCUAGUGUGACUGACCUGCAUCUGCCUCAUUCUGCCUUCCCUGCCAUCCUGGGCACCAGGUAUUUAUGCAGAGGAGGGAUACAGUAGAUCAUGCCCCUGGAGGGGGCACUGGAAACAGACUGAAAGCAAAGAAACCAGCUAGGAAUCCACUGCAGUAGGCCCGAGACAAGAGGGCAGGUUUAAGAAAUAUUAAAAAAAAAAAUUUUUUUUUUUUAUAUAGGAGAUAAAUGUUGGCACAACAGGACAAGUGACUGAAUGUGAGGGAUGGGAGAAGCAGGAGAUAUGGCAAAUGUAGGCUUUUGGUUUGAGUGAUGGAUGGCUAAUGGUGCCACAAGCUAAUACAGGAACAGAAGAGAACAGGUGGUAGCUAAAAGCCACUGGAGUGGUUAGGUUUCCUGAAGGAGAGUAUACAGAACCAUAGAUCAGGGAGGCAUGGUUCCUGCAAAAAAGUUACGUGGUCCAGCAAGUUAGGAAAACUCUCACAUGGAUGUACACAGUAAAUGUGACCAGCUAAUUAAAGGCUCUGAAAAUUGUUAAGACAUGUCGUUUAUUCCAGCACUUCCCAAACUUAAACAGAAUGUGUCACUCAGGAGCAUCUUCCAGGACUAUAGCUUUACAGAACCCUCUUAGGGAAAAGCUAAUGUAGUGGGAUGAGUGGAGUAUUAGAUUAAGCACAUAUGUUCUAGUUCCAUAAGUAAAGCCAGAGGAGGUUCCUUUCCCUCUGGGCUAGUGGUUAUCAACCUGAGAGUGACCCCCUCCCCACACCCGGAAGGGGACAUUUGGCAAUGGCAGUAUCUUUGGUUGUCACAAGUGGGGGUGGGGUGCUACUGGCAUCUAUUGGGGAGCAGCCAGAAAUGGUGCUAAACAUCCCACAAUGCACAGCCCCCCACAACAGAAUUAUCAGGCCCAAAACGUCAACAGUGCAGAGGUUGAGAGACCCUUCUCUAGGAGGGUUUCAAACAGCGGGACUUUGAACAAUGACUAAGAAAACAGAUCAACACUGGCACACUUUGAUUCUGCCUCCUUUCUGUCUGGCUGUGCAAGACCCAGAGGGGAAGGAAGAAAGAUAUAAAACCCAUUUGGCAUAUGCUGGCAUCACAGGCUGUCCCGGAUAGAUGGUCAGGGGACUCUCCUAAUGCCAGUUUAGUGGGGGGUUCAGACUCUCACCAGAAGAAUCAGACAAGCAGGGGCGGAGGCUCCCCAUGCAGAAAUAACCCCCCUUCCUUAAAACUUACAGCUGAAAAGUCGAAUCAAAUUUCUAAUACAUCCAGUUUUACACUAACUCUACGGGCUUCACCAGGCAAGCAGGCAGUCUGGUGAACCAGAGUAGUCUUGUUACAAAUGGUCUUUACUGUGAGGGACAUAGGAUCCAAUAAAGAGGUCAAGGAGACUUAGGUCACAUCCAGAGGAAGAGGGACCUAGACAGGCACUUGAAAACAGGAAAGUGAGAGUCAUUAGAAGUCAGAAAGUUCAGCGAGUUCGAGAUAACUGGCCUUCAGAGGAGAUAGGUCAUUGUCCAACACCUGCUCUUCCUUCAUCCCAGGACAACCAAGGCCGACCACAAUUCCCAGAACUUCCUCGCUUCUGAGGCUAGGAUAGAAAUCCUACAACAGAAAUCACUCGGCUCCUCCGCCUCCAGGGCCGGAAAUGAAUUACUAUGGUCCCCAGUCAGGCUACUUAAGCUCCGCCCCCAAGGAGCGAGCAUGCGCAGCUCCAGGUUACGGCCCCAGCCCGCACAGGUCCACCCCCGUCAGAGAGCAUGCGCAGUCCUUCAGCUGUCCCGCCCCUCCUUUUUCUGAGCCUCCGGUUCCUUAGAAACCAGGCGGCGCGUUCCGGGUGGUAGCGCUUUGGACUGCGGUACCCGAGCGUCCCUGCCAGCCUCCCUAACGGCUGGCCCUUGGCGGCUGAGACCCGUCCGGACCCAUGGUCUCUAGUGCGGCGCGGGGCGGUAGAUGCCGGCGUGCCAGGAGCCAUGUUUGACCAGGACUUUGGGAAGGUGGGACCCACACCAGAGGCUCUUGUGAGGAGAUGAGUUGAUGAACAGAGAAGCUGGGAUGAAGAUGCUUCCAGGAGUGGGCGUGUUUGGGACCGGCAGCUCCGCCCGGGUUCUCGUGCCGCUGCUGAGGGCAGAAGGGUUCACUGUCGAGGCCCUGUGGGGUAAGACAGAGGAGGAGGCGAAGCAGCUUGCUGAGGAGAUGAACAUCACCUUCUACACCAGCCGGACCGAUGAUGUCUUGCUGCAUCAAGAUGUGGAUCUGGUCUGCAUCAACAUCCCUCCUCCACUCACCCGGCAAAUAUCUGUGAAGGCUCUAGGUAUUGGGAAGAAUGUGGUGUGUGAGAAGGCAGCAACCUCGGUGGAUGCCUUCCGGAUGGUGACAGCCUCGCGCUACUACCCACAGCUGAUGAGCCUGGUGGGGAACGUGCUGCGCUUCCUGCCUGCCUUCGUGCGCAUGAAGCAGCUGAUUGCGGAGCACUAUGUGGGUGCGGUGAUGAUCUGCGACGCCCGCAUCUACUCGGGCAGCCUGCUCAGCCCCAGCUAUGGCUGGAUCUGUGACGAGCUCAUGGGUGGCGGGGGCCUACACACCAUGGGCACCUAUAUUGUGGACCUGCUGACCCACCUGACAGGCCGGAGAGCUGAGAAGGUACACGGGCUGCUCAAGACUUUUGUGAGGCAGAAUGCGGCCAUCCGUGGCAUCCGGCAUGUCACCAGCGAUGACUUCUGCUUCUUCCAGAUGCUCAUGGGUGGGGGGGUGUGCAGCACAGUGACGCUCAACUUCAACAUGCCAGGCGCCUUUGUCCACGAGGUCAUGGUGGUGGGCUCUGCAGGCCGCCUUGUUGUUCGUGGGGCUGACCUGUACGGGCAGAAGAACUCUGCCACACAAGAGGAGCUGCUCCUGAGGGACUCACUGGCCGUGGGUGCAGGACUGCCUGAGCAGGGGCCACAAGAUGUCCCGCUGCUCUAUCUGAAGGGCAUGGUGUACAUGGUGCAGGCCCUGCGCCAGUCCUUCCAGGGGCAGGGUGACCGCCGCACCUGGGACCACACCCCUGUUGCCAUGGCCGCCUCAUUCGAGGACGGGUUGUACAUGCAGAGUGUGGUGGAUGCCAUCAAAAGGUCAAGCCGAUCCGGGGAGUGGGAGGCUGUGGAGGUGCUGACAGAGGAACCUGAUGCCAACCAGAACCUGUGUGAGGUGCUUCAGCGGAAUAACCUGUGAGCAUGUACGUGGGCUCCCUGCCAUGGGGCGCGGGGAUCAGGAGCCGUGGCAGGAGGGCAUGGCAGAGGAGGUGGCUUUUGUUUAACAAGUCCACUUGUGCUGGGUCUGGGUAAAGCCUAAGGUGACCCUGGGCAAACACCCUCUCCAUCCGCUCAUUUACUCCUCAGACUGGCAGGGCAGGGAAUAUUCUGUUGACCUGGGCCAGUACAGUGUGUGCAGGUGGUGCUGCUGCCAGGUCUCUGAAUCGCUACACUGUUUAGCAGGGCCUGCAAAAGCUUGACCUGGGGGCUUUUCCAGCCAGAUUUGUGGUCCUGAGAGGGUGAGAAAGCACAACAAGGAGCCAGCUUGGCUGAUCCCUCAGGCUGGGGAGAAAGGACAAGAAGCCUUGUUUCCAUGCCUUUCCUGGGCUGGGGCAUCUCAGGAAUGGUGAGGGCAGCAUGUCAUCCUUUAAGGAUCCUCCCUUUCUCUUCCUGGGGAGCAGGCCCUUCAGGCCUCCAGGCUGUCCCUCUGUGAUGGGGAAGAGGGGAUUUCUUAAUUAGGUAACCUCUUGGGCUAUUAAAGGGGACCUGAUUUGGCAGAGAGGAAACAAGGGAGAGGUUUAGAACAUCUGAUAAAUGUUAAUAAAGAGAGAGAAUACGA